AACAGUCUUCCAAUAUAAAAAAGAAUUUCAAAUAUGAAAAAAACGAAAAAUAAAUAGGAUAGCUUUUAAAGAUUGUAGCCCAACAAAUUAAUAUUAUGGUGGACUAAUAUCGUUAGUUUGCUUGGAUUUCAAGGUCGCGAGGAUACAUUUGUGCGCAAAGAUUGAAAGAGAAAUGAAUUAGAGAUGCGUGGAAAUGUCAAAGUAAAAAGUAAUAUUUGCAAGUUUCAAAAGUUUGUGCUGAUAAAUAAAAACAAUAACACGCUUUUUAUCGGGUAAAAUCCAAUUCGCAAAUAAGUCGCUGGAAGUCACGUCAUCUGUAAAGCUAAAGAGAAAAAUAAAAACGUGACGGCAAACAAAAUCUUAUAACAAUUAAAUUUAAUAAUGGAACAGGGUUUCAGUUCCGGGGGCUCGAAUGCCUCCGGCGAUAGUGUUGGAGGCUUUGGCCGAAAUAGUGCUAUUGGAAAUCCCAGUGCAGACAUUGUGAGAGGUGGUGAUAUUAUUUACAACAAGAAUGUCACACAUAACAGUGGGGGCAACGGUAACGGACUUACGCCUGAAGUGAAGGAGAUCUAUAGAUCUCUGUAUAUUAUUGCCAAACAACUGGACGACGAGAAAAAACACAUAAGCACUAUUUCCCAACUAUUUCAACAUGACCUGGAAGAGAAGCGUGCUCAGCUGGUGCAGCUUUGCAAGAAAAUCAUUUUCAAGGAUUAUCAGUCGGUGGGCAAAAAAGCGCGUGAAAUUAUGUGGCGCAAGGGGUAUUACGAAUUCAUUGCUUACGUGAAGAAAAAUUGGCAUAAAGAGUUAAAGGACAUCACACAGUCGGGCACCCAGGACAAUCUGUUAAAAGUAGAGCGCUUUUUAUGCGCUGGCAUAUCGAACUACAAACGUAUGGCUGCCAAAAUGGAGGAAAUCUAUGAUCUAGACUUGAAGUACUUGAUCGAUUUUAGCAUAAUUAGCGAUGGUUACGUGCGCGAAAUCGAGCACAAGCAGUCGGACGACGACGUUGGCGGUGGCGACAUUAGUGCCGCACAUGCAGUGGAUAAGAGUUUGGAAGCAGUUUCAUUUGCUUUGGACACCAUACAUUCGGCCCUUUUAAGCUUAGGCGACUUGCAUCGCUAUUUCUUGGAUUUUCGCAUUGAUACACGCCUUAAAGUCACCAAACAACAGGCGGCUAAGUACUAUUUCGAAGCGUUUAAAUUGAACCCUGCUAUUGGUAUGUCGCAAAAUCAACUUGGCACUCUAUACUAUGGCCAGAACCAUGAUUUGGAUUCCAUUUAUCAUUACUUGUAUUCAUUGGUUAGCAUUGUGCCAUUCGAGUUGAGUGAAAACAAUGUUUGUAAGCUAUUCGUCGCACAUGCUGAGUAUUUGGAGAAAUUGGAUCCAGAGAAGAUAGAAUUCAGUUUGCAAGAUUUCUAUGCACGCUUCUAUUUGAUUGUGGAUAUAUUUUUCUUCGAUAAAGAAGUGCCCGAUUUUAAUUCACUCUGCCAUUGUGUACUGGUGGACCUGCGUAAAGUGCUCUGCUCGAAAGCGUUCACAAUCGAAGAAGGCUGCAUUUUCAAAAUAGUCUCAAUACUCUUCUUUUGCUUGUCGAAACUGAAGAUGAUAAACUCGCAGAAGGUUUACUCUUUAAAUGCUUUUCUAGUGGCCGUAUGCUCUGACCUAAUGGAUGCGUGUAUUGUGAAUCUCGAGCAAACAAUCUUAGCCAAAUCCGUUGAGAAUGAGGAAUUCCAUGGCAUGUAUGCCGAUAAGUUUGAGGAAUUCAAUAUGGUUGUGCGUAAGUCGCGCAACGAGUAUAAAAAUUGGCUUGUAACCAUCGGUGAAGCUGAUCGGAAAGAGAAGAAAGCUAACGCAAAGCCAUCUUUAAAAGAGUUCUCAUCUGAUUCUCGCGAGAGUCAACGCUCCAAUGAUGACUAUGUCAUCAAAACUCAGGAUAGCCAUAAGCAUGCCAAAAUGGAUGGUGGGACGGAUAAGAAUGUUGAUCCGAUAUCAACGCGUUCAAGCGACGAGGCUAAAGAAAGCGAUCUAAAAACCCCGCUUUCCUGCAAGAGUAAGAAAAGAGGUAUGAAAUUGCGUCGGCGGAGGCGCAAAAUUGCACAAUCAGAUGAUAGUUCCUGCUAUGAUACCGAGAGUGAUAUGGAUACGGACUUUAGCACAGACGAUGAGGACUAUACCGAUCUGAGCUCGAAUUUCGAUACUGAUUUCAGCGAUAUUGAAGUUGAGCCAGUAGCUGAUGACCGAGAGGAGGCAGACGAAACUGAUUUUGCAAAGCGCACUACUAAAUCAGAACUGCAAGCGCAAAAUGCACCUCGUUUAUCCUCUGCCGCUUCCAAGGAAAGCCUCACUUCGAACGAAGGCGUUGGUCCGACUUUCUCUGAUAAUGAAGAUAUCGUAAUUGAAGAGGAGAAAAUUAUUUAUCCCGAUGAACAGCAGGCACAGCUUGUAAAGCAACGCACUGACUCACAGGAAGUCGAUAGCGAGGAAUUGCUGCGCAGCUUCGAAGUUUUGCAGUUGAAUGGCAGCGGCUCACUUAACUUUAGGAAUACCGACAAUGAAGAAUCAAUGCCGCCAGUCGCUGAAUAUAACGAAAAACGCCAGCCUGUUGACGAUGUGAAUUUAAAUCCCGGCGAGCCGCCAAAGAAAUUAGUUUAUCGCAAUAAGUAUACUAAAAUCAAUCCCAAUAUUAUUGUUGAGUUUGCCCGUCAUGAGCCGACUAUGCGUGCAUUGAAAAUCCUUUACGAUUGGCUACGCAUCAAUCAUGAAAUACUCUUCGGCUGCUAUCACUCCAACCCGGAGUUCAUACACAAAAUUAUGAAGUUGUUAAAUUAUUGCAACAUCGACAUUUUCACUCGCAAAGUGUACUUCGAACGUGAGUUUUUGACUACGCCCAAUGUACGCACCCAACUCGGGGACUUAUUUGAUGUGCGUGCCAAUGUUCCAUUAGCUGAGGAUUUCGUUUUCAAAAAUUUCGACAUUUUCCAAGGCACACAACUUACUCUAGAUUGGGAGACAACUAUACGCGAACAUGUUACACCCGAAGAGGAGUGUAUUUUGCGCAUUUUCAAAAUGGUCGAUUUCGGUUUCUUUAUUUGUAAGCAAAAGAAAUUCAACUAUCGCUUUUGCGUAAAAACACGCCGUUUUACUGAGAAUGCGAAGAAGAAGCGUGAGGAGAAGAAAUCAUCCUCGCGCCGUCGUGAGCGACGCACGAUGAAAAACGCUACACGCAAGCGGGCCGAAGGACGGACUCGUCGCUACUCGGAUCGCAAGAAUGGGAUCGUACGCAAGAGUUAUACUAGCAACGAAGAAAAAGAUACUGUUGAGGAGUGUAAGAAAGUGCCGCGCAAAGGUUACUUACGUAAUCGUAAUAUUGAAAAAUCGGUGGCCAGCUGUAAUUCCGGGGGUGCUGGGGGCGGCGGUGGUGGUGGCACGUCUGCCUCAACGACCACAAACAGCGCUGUUUGUGACAAAAUAUUGAUGCAAUCGAGUAGUGGCGCUGACGAAGAGCGUUCAGAGGCAAUGUCGAAGAAAUGCGAGAUUAUGGGCAAGUUGUGGCUAAAGAACGAGGUCGAGACACUUGAGGAAGAGCUACGGAAGAACCCCUUGAAUAUCAUCAUGACUCCCUUCUUGGUUGUCGAUGCAAAAGCUUUGACUGAGUAUAAUGGCAUUGUGAAAAAUUUGGUGAAAACCAAAAAGUUUAUUGUGCUCAUACCAAAUGCAGUUUUGAAUGAGUUGGACGAUUUGAAAAAGCGCAGUGAAAAUGCGCGCAAUGUCAUACGUUGGCUGGAACAGGAGUUUAAGCAUGGAAAUCGUCACUUGCGCGCCCAGCGCGAUAAUGAGAAUUUGACCCUAUCGCUGUUGAAAAUACCCAGGAAGUUGGAUCGCGACGCUAGCGUCUUUCUGCAGAUAGCCCAAUUUUGUAACCAUCUCGUUGCCAAUCAUUCUGAUCCCAAAUCUACCGAAUUUCAAACAAAUGUUGUCACUUACUUGUCCGGCGAUUCACUUUAUGAGAAACAACGCAAUCAAACGAAUUUCAGCUUCACGGGCAUAUUGGAUGCUAUACCAGUACGUUAUGAACAGAUAUCUAAUUUCUAUGCGAAAUUCAAGGCCAACAAGAAAUGAACCCAUACACGCUGCAGGAGCAACGCCUGCGUGGAGCGCCUGUGUGAACACGAGAUCAUAAACGCAAAUGAAGAUAUGAUGAUUACAGCAGGUGAAAAAUACGAGCUUACGAAGGAAGAAAUAUCUAUGAAAAUGAAAAAAAUCAUAUCAAAUCAAUUCAAACAAAACCAAGCAAACAACACAGAAACAAUUCCAAAACGUAAAUGAUGAGUGGAUUUAUUCAACGCAAUAACAACAGAGGCGGCAGCGGCAGUAAUAGUAGCAGCAACAACAACAAUUCAAAAUGCAACUGUAGACGCGUACGAGCAGUUUGAAAAAUCCUUAAAAGUAAAAACUACAACUUAAACGAGUUUAUUUGAAAAAUCAGGACUGCGAUGAUGGAGAGGAAGGUGGGUGAAGGCGGUGAUAAUGGUGACGAUGACGUUGACAACGUUUACCGUAUGUUGAAGGUGUGACGUUGAUGUUGAAGUAUAGGAAGAAAUCAACGGUUUCUGGCAACGACAUCAAAAGCAGCAUUUAAACAAAUCAUGGUAACAUGGGUGGUUGCGUUGGGCAUAAAGCUCGACGUUGGGGAAAAAUAUAAUUUGCGAAGAUGAUGGCGUGACAAAUAGGCGAUUCAGAGAGUUUAUGCUGACGACUGCUAUAACAAUGUCAGCUUUUAGAUGAGCAGUCAUUUCGAAAAUUAUGUAUUACCAAAAAAUUUAAAACAAUAGCCCAAAACAAAAGUAAACAGGAAUAUAUAUAGAAACUACAGAAUCCAGUCACAAAAUUUAAGUACAAAAGUUCGGGAAUUUUCAGAAAAUAAUGAAAAAAGACAUUUAAACCAUUCUUAAUGUGAUUAGUAGGGAUGCAAAACUGAUCUUUUCGACCGUAAAAUCACUUUAGUUAUUGCCAAAUUUUUUGCGGUUAGCAAUAGUUGCUUACGUUACAAAUUUCAACAAAAUGUUUUAUAUUUUCAGUAUAUUAUUUUUUUCAAAAUUUUAGAAACUUUUAAUUUAUAACAAUUCUGUUAAAAUUGAAUAAUUGUUUCUCGAAUUAGUUUACGCAGAAAUUAAUAUUUUCUUUGAAGCUUAUUUUUUUGAUUAAAAUUUUCUCGAAUAUAAAUUCUUUUUCAAGUUAGCCCAUAAUUCUUCAUAAAAAGUAUUUCAAUAUAUAAUCGCAAAAAAUAUGCUGAAUAAUUUUACUGUUUUACAUUCUCUUAACGAAAGUGAUAUAAAAGUCUAAAAGUCCAAAAAUUCAAAAAUGCAAAAACCCAUAAUAUCGUUUCCAUGUACAAUCCCAUAUUUGUAACUGCUCUCUGAUGUACUCGAUGCUAUGAAUAUCAGCAAAUAUACCCGUAAGGACCGCGCUAUCGUCGAACCAACGCUUUCGUUGCUUAUGUAUUUGUGUAGUUAUGUUUGUGUGCGCGCGGUUGCGACGAAAGGUUUGUCUACAAGCAUUUCCAAUGUAACACAAAACACUUUCAAACAUCAUCUAUCAAAAUAUAUAGUCUACAUUCGCAUUCGAUUUGAUAUGUGAACUGAGCAAGUCGCUUAUCAUUUGCUAAAAUCAAAAAACACAAAAAAAAAGAAACAAAAAAUCAAUUGGAGAGACCUUCCCGAUUUUGUGAAGCAGGUUUAAAUUUAUUCAAACCAUGUUUUUGAUAUUGUAAAUGCUGCACCAAGCUUUUCAAUAGCCAAGCUUUAGGCAUCCCGCUUGCUUGCAUAGCUGCAGUCUUUCAAAUGCACUAUCGCACAUAUCCGGUGUGGUCUCCAAUUCUUCUCUAAAUGUAGGAGUAUGUGUGCGCAUCAGCACAAUUUUUUUGUCGCUAGACAUUUACAUUUACAUUCGUAUACGCAUAACUGAACUACGUCGUAACCCAAUACGAAAGAAAAUUCGUGACACAGUUUUCCUAUUGCACAGUGUGUCAUAUUCGUAUCAAAAUACAGCUAAAUAUAUACAAUACAUAUGGGAAAUGCACUCAACUAUCAAUGUGUGCUCUAUGCUUUGAAUGUACAUAUGUAACGAUGGCAGUUCGGAUAUCGAAUGUAUUUUACGUUUUCCUUUGUAUGACGUUGUGCUUUCCAUUAUUUCAGUAAGUUUUGUGGAUUUAAAAAAGUCACUAGUAAAACAUGUAGGUAUGUAUGUUUGUAUGGCACACUGUUCUUGGGCAACCGUCAGUAAACCGCUUUCAGUCAUAUCAGUUAGCUAAAGUUGGCGUAUUUUUUAGAUAUACCGAGAAAUUCAACUUUACCAAAAAAUCUUUCACAUACACAUUUUUUUUAGAUUAAAAGUUUAGAUUGCAGUAAAAAUCUAUUUUUGCCACCAAAAAGUUCAAUUUUAAUUACAUUUAAUUUUGAGGACUUCGAAUCCAUGCAAUACUCCAAAAUGUUUGCAAUAGAAUUUUUCCAUAGUAAAUAUGUACAAUAUUGGAAGUAACGUUAGUCGAAUCUGUAUGAUACUUAAUACUCCAUUUUCUAAGUUUCCUUGUACGGCAUCCUAAAAAUUAAAAAAGUCAAAUUAUCUAAGUAUUUUUCGCAUACAUUUUAUUUCAAAAGAACUCCUUAUGUUUUUAAACAGUGACUAUUUCCUUCCGUCCACAAAAGCACAAUAAUCCAAAAUUGACGGCUGCUUAAAACAGUUUUUGCACAGAUGUACAUACAUACUUAAAUAUUCGUUCUGUGAUUUAUAAAAGUGGAUUAAGAAAGAAUUACGCAGGACACAGCAUGGGCAUUUUCACAUCUUAAAUAUUUCUAUAAGAACCCGAAAUCGUACGAAGAAGUCUCUAUUAAAUCCCUCACUUUUGAAAGCAAUAAGAUAUUAUUCAUUAUGGAUAAAUAAAUAUCAACCGUAACCAUUCACAAAAGAUUAAAAAAAUAAAUAAAUAAUUUAACCUCAGAACCAAGUUCCCAUUCAUGCAAACCAGUUUUUAAUCGGUGAAGUCCCCCUCCCUUCUAUUUCGAAUGCCCCUGCUGAGUCCUGUGCACUUCUUGCAAUUCACUUUUCAUAUUUCACGAAUUUCAUAAUAUUUUACUUAAGUAACAAUUAUUUUUACUACAAAAAAAAAAUCAUAUCGGAACCUUAAUUUCAAAUCAUAAUUACUUUGUAACUUAUGUUAAUCAUAGUCAUAAUCCGUACUCAUUUUUAAGGCAGCUGAUCUGCCUGCGUUAUCGUUGUUUUGCAUUAAACAAAGAAACAAAAACAAAUUAAUAGAAAACAAAAAAAAUUAUAAAAAAAAUUUAUAAAAAAAAUAACAAAAAAAUAAAAAUUACGAAAAAAACUCUUCCCAUGAAAGCUCCGCAAGUUGGUGUAGCUGCUUUCACAAAAGCUUUAAAGCUCACCGUCAAACUUCGGCCACUUGUAGGGCGUAUCCCUCUUGUGCGCAUAACUUGCACCUAUACUGAGCUUUUCACUCCAUAUUACUAUCGGUUUUAGAUUACCUAAAUCUUUGUGCACUUUAGUUUUUUAGUAUUUACAUUAAUAUUAAAAAAUGAAAGCGCAGCAUUAGUUUAUAACUUUAAACGUACUAAUGAAUUUCCGUUCGAUUUAUAUUCGGUUUGUGAACUUGAAAAUUCCUCAACGCGUUUUAAUAACAAACAAAUUUUUAUUCCUUAAUUUGCGCCUUAUUAAAAUAUAUAUAAACAGACAUAUAAAUGAUUUCCUUGCCUGUCCCCUCAAUCUCCUUAAUAAUACUUGAAAAUAAAAGUAUAAAAAAUUCUUGCUCGUCGGGUUUAACCAAACUUAUGCAUACAUUCUAACUGUAUCUAUAUGCCGUUAAUCUUCAAAUUAAAAAAAUAUUAUUAAUUAACAAAAUUUUAAUUUGUUGUCUUUACAUGUUUUAUCUUAAAAUAUUUUAGAUCAUAAAAUAUGUGUUCAAAAUAUUGCAGAUUUUAAUUCCCUUAGUUCAUAUUAUGUAUUUCUCAUAAAUUGAAAAUUUCUUGUAUUUGUAAAUUGGUUUAUUACAAUAGCAGUAACAAUAAAGCUCGACA